UUCUGUUCGGGCACACAAUUUGAAUAGACGGCCCAGAUGUCUCUCCUUCAUGAUUUCUCUUCCUUUAUAAGACUCAGCCUUACAAACUCGAGCCCUCUUUGCAGGCGAAAACCCUAGUCAGACAGACAGCGCACUUCAGCUCUGGUCCAAUGGGGGCGUACACGUAUGUCUCAGAGUUAUGGAGGAAGAAGCAAUCUGAUGUGAUGAGGUUCUUGCAGCGGGUGAGGUGUUGGGAGUACCGCCAGCAUCCUUCUAUUGUUCGGAUCACUCAUCCCACUCGUCCUGACAAGGCCCGACGCUUGGGUUAUAAGGCCAAGCAGGGUUAUGUCAUUUAUCGUGUUCGGGUUAGGCGUGGUGGGCGUAAGAGACCUGUUCCCAAGGGUAUUGUGUAUGGUAAGCCCACCAACCAGGGUGUUACUCAACUGAAGUUUCAGCGGAGCAAGAGAUCAGUUGCUGAGGAGCGUGCUGGUCGUAAGUUGGGAGGUCUCAGGGUUCUUAAUUCAUACUGGAUCAAUGAGGAUUCCACUUACAAGUAUUUUGAAGUAAUUCUAGUUGAUCCUGCUCAUAGUGCUAUCCGAAAUGACCCAAGAAUCCAUUGGAUCUGCAAUCCUGUGCACAAGCACAGGGAACUUCGAGGCCUCACUUCUGCAGGAAAGAAGUACAGAGGUCUAAGAGGAAAGGGACACUUGCACCACAAGGCUCGUCCCUCUCGCAGAGCUACCUGGAAGAGGAACAAUACCCUUUCCCUUCAACGCUACCGUUAAUUGGAGCCUCUGCUUGAUAUACCAUCAUAGGUUAGAUUGUCUGGAGGACUUAGGCAUGGUUGUCAAAUUUUGUUCUUGAUAUUGAAAUACUUGGAGCUUAUCAUAUCUGGAAGUCUUACAAUCUUAAUUAUGAUUCUUGAUUUUUCACAA